AUGGUGGAGAAGAGCCAGUUGGUUCUUCAGGAGUCCGCCUCCCAACUUCCUCCCGAUACUCCGCUCGAGUCUGUGGAUCCUCCACAUGAUGCAAGGUUUCAGAUCCUAAUCAAGACCUUGGAUAAGACUCUUAGGAGGAGGCCCAGGACAUAUUGUCGAGGGAUGGGGAAUGCUCGCCGGCGGGAACCUAGAGCCCAUUCCUCGUCGUAG